AUGGCUGGCGAAGCCUCGUGUCCUUUUGACGAGGACUCGGGACAGCAUACGCCCGUUGGAUUCCGUGACACACCAGGCCAAUGGUACACUGCCAACCAUCGCAAGCGCGCCGCCCUGUCGCAACUGGAUGGAAAACCGACGCAACGGGAUAGCCAGAUGACACAGGCUGCAACGGAAGGAGUGAGGCCGUCUGGAGAGAGUACAGCACCCGUGUCUGUUGCUGCCAUGCCGUCUCAAAAAGAGAAGGAUGGUCUUGUGCAUGAAGAAGACGAUGUGGACGAAGAAGAGACGCAGAUUCGAAUGACAAACUCUGAAGAGCAGGAGGGAGCGUCCAGACUAGAAAGGAAGAUUGUUGAGGAGACAGUGUCAUUGCCAAUACCCUCGGCGGUAAGUAGUGCAAGCCGAUCCGUUGGCGGCGCUGGAAUGGAAAACGGUGACGACGAUUCCAACAUGUCAGACGAUAUGUUAGAAGAAGACAGUUCUGUUGUUGGGUUGUCAAAAAUUGCUGCUCUAUUUCGGCAUAGAGAAGAAGAACAAGAAGUUGUGCAGAAUAGGAUUUACAAGCCUCGCACCUCUUUUCGAGCAGCACUAGAUCUACCGACUCGUAACAAUUCCGACAGUAGUGGUGGAGAGACUGAGAUCGAAGGCGAACCGGCGGAGGAUUUGCCAGUGAAGAGCAAAGUAAACACGAGUGACUCACCGGUAUUCCAAGACAAAUUGCCGCGUCUGGCCAAGAGUGCAAGCUGCUUGAAAAUGACGGUACAAGAAGAUACAUCUGACCCAGAAAGGAAGAGUAGACGACGCUUGCUGUCGACGCCGGAGAAGACACCUAACUCUACUUUGCUAUGCCGCAACCCGAAGCGAGAUCAACAUGAAGCUCCAGAUUGGAGGCACGUGAAGUCAAAACGAAUUUGUCUUGAUGAAGAUGUAAUGCCUUUGCAAUGCUCGGACCAGACAAGUUCAUUGGAGAACCAGAAAGCAGCAGAGAAGAACGACGAAGAUAACCAGCACAAAUAUUCAACAUCAUCGCAACUUGCUGAUGAGAUAACUUUGGACAUUUUGACAGACAAGAGCAGCCGGUCUGAUGAAGUAAAGGAAGCUUUGUCUCGUCCAGCAUUAACAGUUCCGCCUAAGGCGCUUACUUCGAGGAAAUGUGCAACAGUAACCGAAUCUACGGAGUCACAAUCGGAAGGUGGGGCUAUUCGCGUUAUUCUGACGGGACUGGAGUCUACAGCUGCGAUUCAUAAGAAGAUAAAGUCGAUCACCGAUGCGGUUUACGAAAGCAACAUCGAGAAGGCUACACAUGUGGUUGCCCCUCAGAACCAGCUGAAGCGCACGGUGAAACUGCUGUGCGGGAUAUCGUGCUGUACGCAUAUUCUGGGUGAACGCUGGCUAGACGAAUCGGCGCGGGCUGGUGCGGCUGUCGAUGAGCAAGCGAACUACCUUCAUGACGAGGAGGCGGAGAGCAAGUGGCAGUUUGAUCUGAGAAGAACGAUGUACGACGUGUCCUUAAAGCAGCGGCAGCGUCUAUUCGCUGGUUACAGCGUGUUUAUCACCAACCACAAGUCCGUGCUGCCACCGGUGAAGGAUCUAGUGAAAAUCGUGGAGUGCGCGGGCGGGAAGGCGUCGUCGAAAGGAAAGCCGGGGAUACAUGACGUGGUGAUCUCGAGUGAAAUGGCACUGACUGCCGCAUCAGUUCGAAAACAGCUUGUAAACGCCAAUCCAGAGCGGAUUUACUACUCACCCGAGCUAAUUUUGAGCAGCGUUUUGCAGCAGCGCGUCGAACUGGACAAGCAUCGGUUGAAACUACCUGCAAUCAGCAAGUCUUGGACCACGAAGCGUCGAAAGUAA